AUGGGCCACCACAUCCGCACAACGAUCAACCACUACGAUGAUCCAGAGGAUGGCACCCCCCCAACACCGGUAUACGUGGGAAGUACCCAAGUCAACAACUCCCGCCCCAUGAUUGCCAUUCCCGUGACAGUCACCGAUAUCACCGGUCACGAAUCGACAUUCACCCUUGACACCCACGGCUUCCAAUACCACACCAAACCCACCUCCUUUUCGGCCUUCCACGACGAACAGCAGAUAGCACACGACUACUACAGGGAGUGUGAGCGCCUCAUCCGAGACCUCACGAACGCCUCCAACGUUCUAGCCUUCGACCACAAGGUUCGGCGCGGUCCCUCCCACUGGCACAGCAUCAAAGAGAACAACGCCGCCUGCCGAGGCCCCUUGCAUAGAGCCCAUGUCGACCAAUCCUACGACGGGGCGGUCCUCAGGCUGAGGGAGCAGUUCCCCAACGAAACUGACUUUACGGCAGUCAGCCAGAAGCGAUGGCAGAUCAUCAAUGUAACCCACCCCCCUUUCCCUCCCGGAAAACACCCACUCAACCUACCUAACAACCACCCCCAGAUCUGGCGUCCCCUCUCCCCCAUCCUGAGAGACCCCCUAGCCCUCUGCUCUGCCCCCUCAGUCCCCGACACCGACCUCCUCCCCGCCUCCAUCAUCUACCUCAAGACCGGUAAACGCAACGAGUCCUGGACCGUCAAGAAGCCCAAGCCUUCCAGCAGUCACAAGUGGUACUACAAACACCACCAGCAGCCCACAGAAGUAAUCCUCAUCAAGUGUUUCGACAGUGAUCUAACCUGUCCAGCUCGAAGAGUGCCGCACUGUGCGGUUGAAGAUCCAGAGCACAUAACCGCAGCAGACAGAGAAAGCGUGGAGGUGAGGUGCUUGGUGUUUUACUGA